UAUCGUUUCGUUUCGUUUCGUUGCGUUGCGUUUUGCGUAAUUACCUGACACGAAAUGUUACCAAGGAAUUAUAAAAACACAAAAAUAUGAAUUUAAUAAUAAUAAAUAUUUAGGAUAUUCUGCGUUAAAAAUAAAAAAAGAAAAAGAAUAAUUCGAAAUAAAUAUUUGCAAUAUACGCACGAUUGUAAUUUUACUGUACGUCAGAGAUCAAUUCUCACCAAUAGACUUUUAUAAUAACGUACAAGAGAGGCAGAGUAUAUAUCUUUCGUUCGUUCGCUUAUCGUCGCGUAUGUUGCUUUGCUAAGAAGACGUUUCUUAUACGUUCGAAAAAUCUUUCGGUUAAUCGUUCAAGGAGCUUUGAUUGUGCACUCGCAUGAGUUAAGUUGUCAUACAAAAUUAUGGAGGACGAGAAGAAUGUAAAAUUGAAUCAUCGAAAAAAUGCAACAAUGAACGGUUAUUUGGAAAUUUCCGAUUCUCGAGUUAACGAAGACAAAAAGAAAAAGAUGAUGAAUGAAGCAAUAGCUGCUGAAAUACGAACACGAAUGCAGGAAAUUUCGGAGGACAUUGUUGAUCAUGUUAAUGUACGCGUUAACUAUAUGGUAUCGGAGGUAUUUAACAAAUUUGACAAAUCACUACAAAAUUCGAAUGAUUUGAAUAAUAAAUACUACGAUAAAAGAAAAUUGUCUAAAGAAAGUAUUUUACCGGAGAAACAAUUUUUAGAAAGAAAUUCAUUACUUACUGAUCUUUUUAAUACCAAUGAGCAUAUAAGAACAGUAUAUAAUAUAUUUCUAACGAUUUUAAUAUUACUUUUUAUAAAUACUAUUACAUACGACAUCGCGGAUGGUGGAUCGGGUGGGAAUAUUUUUAGAAUAAAUGCUGGAAUUAAUACCAUUAUAUAUUCUUUUGGAAAAUUAUCAAGCGUCCUCUACAUUUGGAUUUUAAUGAAAUUAAGCACGUUUGGAAUUUACAUUCCUGUCUACAUCUGGUCGCACAAACGUCUCGAUUUCUUGCCUUCAUCGUUUGCUUUGAAAGUAUGGGACUACGGAUGGCUUGCGGGAUAUGUGUUAUAUCUGAUUAUUUUCAUCAUCCUACCGAGUAAAGCUGUUGUAGACGAAUUGCUACCAGUCGCUUCAAGCACUAUAAUACUUUUAGAACAGGUUCGUAUGCUAAUGAAAUCUUACGCUUUCAUAAGAAGUACAACGCCACAAUUUCUUAAAUACAAAAUCCACGCGGAUAUGACAAAACCAAAACUACCGGAUUUUUCCAAAUAUUUAUAUUUCUUAUUCGCUCCAACGUUAAUCUACAGAGAUCAUUAUCCAAGGACAAGAUGUAUUAGAUGGAAAUUUGUUCUCUGGAAUUAUUUAGAAAUUUUAUUGAUUAUAUUUUACAUAGCCUUCCUAUACGAACGUUUUUUUAUGCCAAUGUAUAUAAAACAUGGAACGAAACCUAUAAAAAAGGAAGAACUGUUAGCCAAUAUAAUUAACACAUCCUUGCCUGGGAUUCUUUUCUUCCUUUGUGGAUUUUAUUGUCUUUUACAUGCUUGGUUAAAUGCUAGCGCUGAAAUACUACGUUUUGCCGAUCGAAUGUUUUACAAAGACUGGUGGAACUCAUCUUCUUAUAGCGUUUAUUAUAGGACCUGGAAUGUGGUUGUACACGAUUGGCUUUACGCUUACGUAUACAAAGAUGUGUUUGAAAUUUUAACGAACCAAAAUAGAAUCAUUGCAACUUCCUCCGUAUUUGUUUUAUCCGUAUUAGUUCACGAAUAUAUAUUGUAUUUUGUUUUUAAAUUUUUCUGCCCAGCAAUAUUAUUUAUGUUUGGUUUUGUUGGCUUUCCUUUAACAUUUAUCACACGAAAAGUAGGCAAUAUAUUUUUAUGGUUUUCCCUAAUCUUGGGUAAUGGUAUAAUAUGCAGUAUGUAUGCUGUAGAAUUUUUUGGAAGAAAAAACUGUGUUUCGAAUCCUGAUAAAUUCUUAGAUUUUAUUUUACCGAAAAUAUUGUAUUGCAAUCCUAGAUCUGAAUGAAUAAUAAAUUAAAUAAAGAA